AUUUGUGAACUUUGAAAUUCCUAUUGGAUAAGAUAAAGGGACUUAAGCUAGCUGCUUUAAAAUAAACGAUACAUUCUGGUACCGGUUGUCGUACUGUGUGCUUUAGUGUUGGUUAGUGUUCAGUUGUUACCUAGUAGUGUGAAAAAGUAAUAGAAAGAUGACACUCCCUCCAUUUGCCUUAGAUCUGGCACCUGCCAGUGAAGAAACCAAAGCUAUAGCUGUGAAAGAACUCAGAGAGACACCAGAGGUUGUCCAAAAAGCCAUAGAGGAAUUAAGAGUACUCUUAAAAAACGAUCCUAGUAUUUAUUUCAAGGAUACAGAUGAGGUGCUCAUUAUGUACUUAAGGCCUGUGAAGUUUUACCCGGAAAGUGCUCACAAAUUGAUGAAAAGAAUAGCAGACUUCAAAGAAAAACAUAAAAAUUUGUUGGACAAUCUACUUCCUGAACAAGAAAAAGAAGCUUUUACCCAGUACGAUGUUGUCAAUGUGCUUAAAGAUAGAGAUGACAAAGGCAGAAGAGUUCUUAUAGUACAUUGCGGAUCAAUCUGGGAUCCAUCUAAAGUAAACACAGACCAAAUGUUUAGAUUGUUCUAUUUAAUUCACGAAGCUGCUCUGUUAGAGGAAGAAACACAAAUCAGAGGUGUAGUUGUCAUUAUGGAUUUCGAUGGUUUAGGAAUGAAACAGAUCAAGGCUCUGACACCAGCUUUCAGUAUGAAACUUUUGGGCUUUAUCCAGGAUGCUAUGCCCCUCAGACUGAAAGAAGUCCAUAUGGUGAAGCAACCUUUUAUUUUCAAAAUGGUGUGGGCUAUUUUCAAACCAUUCAUUGGAGAAAAAUUAGGGAAAAGGAUACACUUCCACGGAUCAAAUAUGUCAUCUCUACACAAAUUCAUGGCUCCAACACACCUACCCAAAGACUACGGUGGUGUCCUUCCUGAAAUCGACUACACAGGAAAGGAAUGGUAUCCCUGUAUAGAAAGCCACGUAGAUCACAUCAAAAUGUUGAACACCUUUGGAUUGGUCAAGAAGUAAUAAGCCAAAAACUAGGAUUUAAUAGAAAAAUGUCAAUUGUCAAGUUGUGUUGACACAUUCUCUCUAUUUAUAAGUUUCAAUCAUAAUUUUGUACAGUCCUAGAAUAGAUUUCCAGAUAAUUUUAAGUUUUUACAUCAAAUAUUGUAAAUUUUAUCAUGAAAUAGGAAUUCCAGAUAUUAACUGGCUUUGUUUUUAGUACCAGAGGAAGUUUUCAAAGAAAAAAGUACCAAGAAACAGUUUAAUUUUUCUUGUUUCAAAAUUGUCUGUCUUAAAGUGCUUUUUUAUACAUGUUUAUAAUUUUUUCUGAUAUUGAAACUAUGAAAGCAAUCUAUUCUACCAGCUGUAUGUAAAUAAUCUGUGCUAUAGUUGUCUUCGAUCCUUAAUUAUUACCUAGUUCCUAUGACUGUGGUUAGAUCAUACCAAAACUAAAUGUAUUUUUAUGUUCUCUAUAAUUUCUACAAAAUCAUUAUGCAUUUAUUAGUUAAUUUUGAACAUACUUUAAGAUUUUUUGUUUUAAUAUUUUAACUGUUCUUUGUUAUUAUAAAUGUUUAUAUUUUUAUAUAUCGACUUUUAGCGUUUUCUGAGAUUCUUUGUUUAUGUAUGGAUAUGUAUGUACGUUAUUGAUAUAAAAAUAGACUGUUCUUGUACCUGUUAUGUGUGUAUGAACUGAUAAAUAAAAUGUUAAGUUUUUAUAAUAAA